AUGGACAAAACCACCUCCCGACCUUCCCGGAAGGACACCGUCCUGAGUCGCCGGUAUAUUGAGGGACAAAUCGCAGAAGGAAAGCAUGUCAUUAUCUUCGAAGGCCGCGUCCUGAAAGUGGACGCCUACAUGAAAUUUCACCCUGGUGGUGAGAAGCCGAUGAAGCAUAUGGUGGGCAGGGAUGCCACAGAUGAGAUCAAUGCACUUCACUCAAAAGAGGCCCGCGAGAUCAUGCUCUCCUACCAAAUAGGUCGAAUCGAAGGCACCUGGUCGAACUUCCUCCCUCCCAUUCAAGGCGGCAAGUUCCGUCCUUACUCCGAAGACGCCUGCUCGGGAGAAGAAGACCUUUCUAUUCGAGACAAUUCCAGCUCAGAAAGCUCUAUACCCCCCUCGCCAAUCUUCGAUGCGGUUGACUCAAAAUCUACAAUCCGUCGAAAGAAUUCUUCACCUGGCACAGACAGUUCUGCCACGUCCACCCCUCCAAAUGAAGAUGACGAGCCGAGACCGCAUUUCCUGGAUGCUCGAACACGAGAGGAGAUCCUUUUCGACACUACCAAAUACCCAUCACUGGAUACAGGGAUUCAAGAGAGCAUCAAACGCAAGUACCGUGACCUGAACGAGCGCAUGCUCGCCGAGGGAUUAUUCGACUGCAACUACAUGUCCUAUUUCAUCGAAUGCUGCCGGUACACCCUCUUCGCUUCUCUCUCUUACAUUUUCUUGCGCCUCGGCUGGUGGGCAAUAUCUGGAUUUUGGCUUGGUUGCUUGUGGCACCAACUUGUGUUUACUGCCCAUGAUGCUGGCCAUAUGGGCAUCACGCACAACUUCCAUGUUGAUACCGUCAUCGGCAUCAUUAUCGCCGACUACAUCGGCGGAUUGAGCCUGGGAUGGUGGAAGCGAAGCCACAACGUGCACCAUAUUGUGACCAACGAGCCUGAGCACGAUCCGGAUAUUGAGCACAUGCCCUUCUUUGCGAUCUCCCAUCGGUUCUUUGACAGCCUUCAAAGUACCUACUAUGACCGCAAUAUGACAUUCGAUGCUUUUUGCAAGGUGAUGCUGAAGAUUCAGCACUACUCCUAUUAUCCUAUCAUGGCGUUGGCGCGGUUCAACCUCUACCGUCUUAGCUGGGAGUACCUUCUUAAACGCCAGGCUCCAAGGAAAGGUCCCGCUAGGUGGCAUGUCUGGCUGGAGUAUGGUGGUCAGCUAUUCUUCUGGUAUUGGUACUGCUAUCUCGUGGUAUACAAGACCAUCCCGGACUGGAGCAGUCGUCUUACAUUCAUUAUGGUAUCCCAUAUUGUUUCCUCCCCGCUCCAUGUUCAGAUCACCCUCUCUCAUUUCGCCAUGUCAACGGCCGACUUGGGUAUCCACGAGUCCUUUGCCCAAAAGAUGUUGCGUACUACCAUGGAUGUCGACUGCCCUACCUGGCUGGAUUUCUUCCAUGGCGGUUUGCAGUUCCAGGCCAUCCACCAUCUUUACCCUCGCAUGCCGCGUCACAAUCUCCGCCGGGCCCAGAAGUACGUUGCCGAGUUCUGCCGUGACACUGGUAUUCCCUACGCCCUCUUCACUUUCUAUGAUGGCAACAAGCAAGUCAUCGGCCGGCUCGGUGAUGUGGCAAAGCAGCUCCGUAUUCUCGAGGAGUGCCGCAAGUCAAUCGCCAAGGAGGGUGUUUUCUCACAUCACCACUGA